AUGAGCUCACCCAACUCAUCUUCUUCAAAAGAAAAACAUAAAAAUAGAGGUUCGGGAAAGCGGAGUGCCAAUUCUACAAAGAAAUCAGCAAAUAGGAGAACACCAACUAGCCCUUGUUCACCGCCACUACAAAAAAGAGGUACGUCAGCAAAAGGGAGUUCUUCGAAGUCACCAGAUCACUUGAGGAAAACUGCACUAUUAUCUCCAGAAUCAUCUUUAAGUUCACCAAAAGCAUCUCGAUAUAAUCUAGUUGAGAGCUCUUCUUCUGGAAGUGGAAGGGAAAAUGUGUAUUCACCAAAUACUGAAUAUCGUCUAACACAGCAAAGAAUCCAAGAGUAUAACAAAAGGCAGGAUGGAUUAGCUGAAAAAAGUCGGCAGAGAGUACGUGAUGCAAUUGCUAUCGCUACCAAAUACUUGUCAAAACCAUUAAAACUCCCUGAUAUUAGUGUCAGAGACUUUUUAAAAGCUUGUGAGCUUGAGGCCAGAGCUCGUCGACUUAAAACUUGUCAUCGAGCUUCUUAUUUUGUGAAAUCACCUGAACUCUGUGGAAUUGAUAUUGAAUGUGUCCAAUGUGAAGUAGAUAAAUUACGAGAAGGUUUAAAUCGUAUUUACUCUCGCCAACGUUUUAGAUGUGAACACCAUCGUUUCUCACCAACCAUGGACGGAGGAGGAGAGCAUCAGCCUCGUCCAGUUAGUAUCUGUAAGAAAGUUGAACUGCAAAGCCGACGUUCAUCUGCCAAAGCAUCACCACCUGUACCAGCACCGUCGCCCUUUUCAGUUAGUCAAAAUAGUCGUAUUACUCCUGAAACAAGGACAAGAAUUUCUACUGCUAACAGUGGAAAGGAAUUUACUCCUGAUUCGGAAUACGAUAAUGGAAAAGUGAAUGAUCUAAUAAAUCGAUAUAUACCGAGACCUAAACAAGUACAUUACCAAUGUAGACCUCGCUCUAGGAUGUUUUUAUACACCGACAAGGCUAAAAGUUGUAAUAUUGUCCAUCAUCCUUAUGCUGUAUAUAGAGGUAAUAAAAUUUUAACUGCCAAUGGUAAACAAUGGAAAGACUCAAAUAUCGGACAAGCCUUAUUCUCAGUUCCAAAUUUAGGGAUAGCCUAUAUCUUACCAGAUAUAAAUCCAAACUUGGGUCCACGUCACAUGGCAGUUCAAGAAAAACCUUCGAUACCAAAACAUCCCAAUUCCGCAUCUGUAACGUCUGCUUUACAAUCAAGACAGUGGAACAGAGAAAAGGUUCUUCCCCCUAUUAAAAGCCAAAAGACUUCAGAGGAAGGUGAAUAA